AUGACAGAGGUAGAAACGAACCUGACGAUCAACGCAGCUGCAUACCAGCCAAGCAGCAGCAAUACAACACCAACUACAAGUAAUAAUGGAAGCCACAGCAAUUACAUGACCCCGAGGACAAAUGAACUGACAGUAGAUCGCGAUGAUUUAAACGACUCGUCCCAAAAUUAUCACAGCCCCACGUAUCAUCAACGUGAAGUUUGCAAAAAAUGUAACCAACAGAUUAUUGAAGGCCAUGCGUAUGAGUUGGGUGAAGAUAGGUGGCAUAUCGACUGUUUUAAAUGUUCCAAAUGUGAGACUUCGCUAGGCUGCAAUUCAAAUUUUCUAGUUCUAGGUAACGGGAACCUAAUUUGCUCCAACUGUUCAUACAAUUGUAAACAAUGUGGAAGAAAAAUCGAUGAUUUGGCAAUUUUGACCGGUGACCAAGCCUAUUGUUCAAGCUGUUUUAAAUGCCGGUCAUGUAAACGAAAAAUUGAGGAUUUACGAUAUGCAAGAACAUCAAAAGGAUUGUUUUGUAUGGAUUGCCAUGAAAAAUUAAUGGCCAAAAAGAAAAAGUACGAUGCUAAAAAGAGACAGUUGGCAACUUUACAGGAAAGACAAAGCCCUGCACCGAGUCUGAGUGGAGCUGAAUCUAAGGCGCUUGAGGAUUAUCGCCGAGCAUCAGCUAGCAGCUCAAGAAACAGUUUAAUCCAAUCAUACAUGACUAAUACUUACAAUAGUGAAAAUAAUAAGAGUGCCUCCACCACCAGCCUUUACAAACAAGGGGAGAACAACUCACAGUUGUCGAUGAACUCAAACAAAAACAAAUCUCUACCAAGGGCACCAAACACACAAAAUACUUCAGCUAGUUCAAGUUCGAUACCAUCUAGUAGACAGAAUUUGAGCCAUGAUAAUUCACCAGCCAAUCCAAACAAUUAUUCAAUUCAGCAAACUCGCGAACUGUCAAGGGCUCCCGCCAAUUCUUCAUACAGUCAAACAGCGACACAUGAAAAGCCCGGAAGGAAGUCUAAUUCGAAUGGAAAUCCAAGUCCAGGGGCUGCUGUCUUUCUGCCAGAAAAUGAUUUUUCAAUUGAGGAGGUGCAAAAUAGCUCAGAUUCUGAUACAAAUGAACCUGACACUAUUGCACAAACCAAAGGCACAUCUUUGAGAACAAAGACAUCAUCAAACAUCAAAGGCCAACUUGAAUCGCAUUCUAGCCAUAAUUCACCUAUCAAUACAGCAAACUCCAAGAACCCAGACACACCAGCAUCGCAACUACUGAACCCCGAUAAAUCCAUUUAUUUGGAUUUUUCGGAUUUUCCCUCUGACUACCCUGCCAGAUCAGAACAACGCAAAUAUUCCAACAACAAUCAGUUGGAUGCGCCUGCUGACUUGAAAUCUUCAUCUGAUAAACGCAGGGAUGGAGAGAAACACCUAACUCCGCAAAAUGUACCUCAAGAAGUUGCAGGCGAUAUGAAGAAUAAGAACUUGUUGAUUUUGUCACCGGGACAAUUUCAUGAUCAUGAGUUUCACAGCGCUACUAUGGGCUCUCCGCUAAUUGACUCUCCAGGUACUUUGCUCAGUAGAAGUUCGACUAAUGACAAUAAGUUGAAGGCACAGAGUUUAACUAUAGAACAAGAACAACAUUCAAAUAGAUCCCAAUGUCCCUCACCAUAUGCCAAAGCAAACAGGCAAGCCAGGGUGGUGGAAAUGAAUGACGAGAUACAAACGGAUGCAGUGCCUGUUGACAGUGACAUUGCAGCAAAUCUGAAUCUGAAUCUGAAUCUAACCUAUACCACUCCUCAGCAACUGAGACACAGGAAGAUGUCUGGAUCAGGAAGCGGUACAGCUGCACCUAUUGGUUCGUCGUUAUCUUCGCCACCUCCAAAAUUGCCGGUACCAGAUACCCCUACAAGAAAGAGGGAGCGCUUACAGGGUUUGAAAUUCGAUGAAUCUGUGGCUUAUGGUUUAGGAUUGGAAGGCAUUACUUAUAGUGAUGACUCUGGAAAAUUAGCCGUGGAUCAAGAAAAUGAACAACGGGAAUAUAUGAGGCAAGUGCGCCAACAACAAGAGCAAGAAGAGAGGGGGAUCCCUACUAAUCUGUUGACUCCAGAACGAACAAAAGAAGAAUUGAAUAAACUUCGAAGCGAUUAUACACAAACUCCAUUUUCAAUAAACCAAUCACCCCGAAUUAUCAGCAACCCUACACCUGCAGUUACCAAUUUGGAACCGGAGAAUGAUGAAGAACAAUCACAAGCGGAGCUGCCACUGCAGCCACAAAAGUUGUCACGGACCACGUCACUUAUACGUAAUUUGAAACACAAGCGUUCGGUAUCGGGAGGAAACCAAUCAAAAUUCGGAUUCUUCAAGUCUUCACCAAGAGAAGAUGUCAACAAAGGACAGCAUACUAGACACAUUUCGGAUAGCUCGAUCGCAGGCAGUACUCUUGCUGGGCUUAAUUCCAUACACUCCCAAUACUUUACCUCACCAGGUCAAAGUGAAAAGAAUGGUGGUGUGGAUAGAUUUAAACCGCCUUAUAGUCAAACACAUGCAAGACUGACAUCCGACUCAACCAUGUUUUUCGAUAAUGAUCCCUUUGACAUAAAGGCGGUGAAAACUGAGGUGCAGAAGUUGGCGGCUGAAAAGCUAAAUUUGGACUUGGACGUCAAAAAGUUGAAGCAGGACAAGUUGAGACUCGGUGACCAAUUGAAAUCAAUACAACUGAACUUAACCGAUGAGACUAUCAAGUAUGAUAACUUGGUCGCAGAAAUCAGAGAUCUAGAAGAGAGGAAAGCUCUUUUGCUGCAACAAAAUAAGGAAUUGGAAAAACAGAAUGAACAACUCGAAGUACAACAAAAGCAGCACCAGAUGAGACAACAAACGACCUCAUCUGGCUUGGAUAGAUUUGGCAGUAGCGAGUCAGAUGCAUUAGGUGAUGACGUAUCGACCAAUUUUAGUACAGCUUCUACUGUUAGAGAUGGUAAAAGUUUUGGGUAUAACGAUCACCAACAAAGUCAUUACUCGCAGCAACAGCGCCAACAACCACAGCAGCAGCAGCAACAGCAACAGCCCUUGGCUGCACCCGAGGAUGAGCAAACCCACAAGGCAACCAGAUUGAAGUUUUGGCGAAGGGCUAAAACUGGAGCUCCUCAUGUUGUGUCUACAAGGAAUGACAAUAAUGGCAGUGGCAAUAACUAUGGUACCAACAUUUCAGGCCCUUCUUUGCCUCAUAGUACUUCUUCUCAAGCAUUACGUGUACCUGUGUCAAGCAAUGGAAAUUCAACGGGUGGUGGUAGCAAAUUCAGCCGAUCAACAUCGACCAACAUACUUGAUUCGUUUUUGAAUACUGAUUACAAUGGUUCAAGUUCUAGUGUAUUGCAAUUGACAAAGUCAAAAUCAAACUCAACUGCAUCUUUGUUCAACACCACGUUACAGCAACGGGCCGAGUUUGAGAAAACCUCGGUUCCUUUGAUUAUAUCGCGUUGUUUAAUUGAAGUUGAAAAAAGAGGUUUGGAAGUUGAAGGGAUAUACCGUAUAUCUGGAGGUAACUCAGCUAUUGUUGCCAUUGAAAAUGCAUUUAGCAAUUUGGGUCAAGAUCCUGAUGACAAACAAUGGUCCAAGUUGAAUGACUUGCUUGAUGGCGACAUACAUUCUGUGACAUCGGCACUUAAGAGGUAUCUUCGUAAAUUACCUGAUCCAGUUAUACCUAUUGUUCACUACGAUGAAUUCAUAAGAAUUGCGCGUCUGCAAAACAGGGAUUCACGAUUAGAUUCAUUAUCGUCAUUGGUUGAGAAGUUACCCACGGCCAAUAGGUCAGUGUUGUAUGCACUUUGUCAGCAUUUGCAUAAAGUUGCCGAACUAAAAGAAGUGAAUCGAAUGGGAGUUAAAAAUUUGAGCGUGGUGUUUGCCCCCACAUUGGCCAGGGAUGAAACUGGUGAAAGAGAAAUGGUUGAUAUGGGUAGCAGAAAUGAUAUGACUGAGUUGUUGUUGACUGAGUACAGCAAAGUAUUUAGGCAGUUUUGA